AAAGGAUAUAGAUAAGUUAUUACUAUUUGCAUACAAAAAGAGAUUUAAUUCAAUAUUAAUUCUGUAUAAAAAUUACUCUAUCUAAAACUUAAAAUAAGAAUGGGAAACGAGUGUUCAAACUGUGUGAAUGAAAGAGUGGAUAAAAAGAAGUAAUGGGAUUAUGAUAAUCAAUUUUAGGAAAACAAUCAAAAUUUUAGAUAAUAAUAUAAUAACAGUGAUACAUAUACUCCAUAUUAAUAAAAUGUUCAUAAUUAAAUAGGAGAUAUUCAAUAUAAUAAUGGUAAUUAAAUUUUUAAUAAGAGCUAGAAUAAUAGGCCAUAUGUUAAUCCUCAGAAUUAGAAUAUGCUUGAAAAUGGUACUCCUUAUAAUAAUCCAAAUUAAUCCUAGUAAAAUAUGAAUCGGUAUAGUUAAAAUAUUCAAAAUUAUUAGCAUAAUUAAAAAAGUGAUUUUGAAAAAAAUGGUUUCCAAGGAGCUUAUAAAUAAAAUAGCGUUAAUAGUACUAUUGAUAUAAAUAAUGGCUAUUUACAUUCAAAUAUUUCUAAUCAAUAAAUUAACAGCUCAACAAAUAUAUCUAAGCCUACUAACUAAUCAUUUGGAGGAUAAUUAAUUUAAGAAAAGUCUAUUGAAAAAAGUUAUGAUUAAUCAAUACAACCUUUUGAUUAACUGAUAGAAAGAGAGCCUAUCGAGUUAGAAAAUGAUGGUAUUUAUUAAGGUUAGUGGAGAGGAGAUUUAAGAGAAGGAUUUGGUAAAUAAAAAUGGAAAAAUGGAGCUUACUAUGAAGGAUUCUGGAAAUAAGAUAAUGCAGAUGGGAAAGGAAUAUUUAUACAUCCUAAUGGAGAUAAAUACGAAGGUGAAUGGAAAGAUAACAAGGCUAAUGGAAAAGGUAAAUAUACUCAUGUAGAUGGUUCAAUUUACGAUGGUGAAUGGAAAAAUGAUUAUAAAGACGGAUACGGAAUAGAAACUUGGGCUAAUAAAUCUAGAUAUGAAGGCUAUUAUUCAAAAGGGAAAAAGCAUGGUAUAGGGAGAUUCUAUUGGUAUAACGGUUCAUCUUAUGAUGGAAACUGGUCCAUGGAUUAGCUAAACGGCUUUGGAGUUUAUACUUGGAAAGAUGGGAGAAUUUAUAAAGGUUAUUGGAAAGAUAAUUUCAUGCAUGGAAGAGGUAAAUACUCCUGGGCAGAUGGUAGAUAUUAUGAUGGUGAAUAUCAAAAUGAUAAGAAGCAUGGAUUUGGAGUUUAUGUUUGGAUAGAUCAAAAAAGAUAUGAGGGGUUUUGGUAUAAAGGUAAAUAACAUGGUAAAGGAAAAUUCGUAUAUCCUUCUGGUUAAAUUAAGUAUGUUUUAUACAAUCAUGGCAAACAAAAGCAAUUAACAAUAGAAGAAUAUAAUUAGAUUAGUGAUGAUAUUUCAGAAGGUGAAUUGUAGUUUUAUUUUAACUAGCAAGAUGGAGAAAAAAGUAAUCACGAUGUUUCAAUAAACUAGGCAGAAAGUAUGUAAGUUAGUACUUAAUUUAAAUAGAGUGAUUGGGAAACAAGAAGACCAGAAUUAGUUUAAGUUUCUGAAAAUGCUAGUUAAAAUAAUUACUUUAAGAAUAAUGGAAAAAUGAUAUAAAACUAGUAAGAAAAAGUAUUAUAGCAUAACUAAAGUUAAAAUGAAUUAAACUAAAGAAAAGAUCCUAUUUAAUAAGAGAAAUAGAUAAAUUAAAGUAAUAGUCAAAGAUAGCUUGAUUUAUAGAGCUAUUAGUAAAAUGGCUUAAAAUAAAAUUUUUCAACUCAAAAUUUAAACAACAUACAAUAAAUUCAGUAAAUUGAAUUUAGCAACGAACAAAAACGUUAAUCUUAUCAAGUAGAGCAGCAAUAAGAGUAAUUAAUAGCAAAAAAUGCUGUAAAUUAGAAUUAAUAAAUAUAAAAUUAAUAUAACUAGCAUAAUUAAUAAUAAAAUGCUUUUACUUAUGAAAAUGGACUUUCAAAAAAUUAAUCAACUUAAGAUAAUUAAGACAGUUCUCUAAAGGUGCCUGUCAUAAAAAAUGUAGAAUCCUAAAUGCAAAUGGCAACUGAAUCUAGUUAGCAAUUAGGAAUGUAUUAAGAUUAUUAGUAAAACAACCCAUAAAUAUUGAGAUCUUCAUAUAGAAGCUAAUCUUAAAAAAAGAAAAAUAAUAAUGACCCCUUAAUUGCUUCAGGUAAAGUUAUUUUACCUGCUAGCUAGCAGCAGCAACUUUAAAGCAAGAUUUAAGGAUCUAACAAAUCUCCAGAAAGAAUUUAUGAAUAAAGGUAACAAUAUUGA